AGUGAGAGUCCAGGAGCGGAUCUGACGAACGUACAUGUGCGCAUAGUAAAGCGAGAGAAAAUGAAAGCUUUUUAAUUAUUAAUUACUCUUUUCAUGUUAUUGCGCACGGAGGAUGCAGCCUGUACGAUGAGAGGAUUUUAUUUUCGUUUUUAUGUUGCGAAUAAAAGCAGUUAGGGUAGGAUUUUAUAAGAAGUUAUGCAGCGUUGGUCAAGAUAGGUCCGCGAUCUUUGUGAUGAAACAUUUUGAUCCUGCUUUAGUCUUUUGAUUUUUCUUCAUUUUAAGUUGAAAUGGCUUUAGUAGUGUACCUGAAGACAGUCAAGGAGCUUCGUGGAAAGGGAGACCGCAUCGCUAAAGUGACUUUCAGAGGUCUCUCCUUCUUCUCCCGGGUGCUGGAAAAUUGCGAAGAUGAGGCUCGAUUUGAGCAGGCGUUCCGUUGGCCAAUUGGGAGUCAGGUGGACGGCGACGAGAUGCUGGAGAUCCAAGUGUUUAAUUACAGCAAAGUCUUCACUAACAGGUUAAUUGGCACUUUCCGCAUGGUUCUGCAGAAGGUGGUGGAGGAGGGUCACUUGGAAGUGUCUGACACUCUUAUUGACGACAAUAACACAGCCAUACGGACAAGUAUUUCCAUAGAGAUCAAAUAUCAGACCAUGGACGGGAGUGUGAAGGUGUGGAGCGAUGGUGAAUUCCUUGAUAUUCCAGACGACUGUGAUGGAACUUUCCAGUUUGAGACAGACAGUCUACUCUCUGGACGCAGCCAGAGCUCCGGGAUGUCACCUGGACGAACUAUCCAUGGGAUUCCCACAUUCCGCAAGACAGGAAAAGGAGUGUUUUCAGCCAUGAAACUAGGCAAGACUCGCAUCUCUAAAGAUGACCACAAAAAAGGAGAUGAUCCUGCCAUUUUGGAUGCAGAAGAUUUGGAUCGAAAGGCCAUUCGUCUGGGCGGUGGACUUGACCCUGAUACCAUCUCACUGGCCUCUGUUACUGCAGUAACCACUAAUGUCUCCAACAAAAGAUCAAAGCCUGACAUUAAGAUGGAGCCCAGUUCAGGGCGUCCUGUGGAUUAUCAGAUCAGUGUUACAGUAAUCGAGGCCCGUCAGUUGGUUGGUUUGAACAUGGAUCCUGUGGUUUGUGUGGAAAUUGGAGAAGACAAGAAGUAUACAUCAAUGAAGGAGUCCACAAACUGCCCCUACUACAAUGAGUACUUUGUCUUUGACUUCCAUGUGCCUCCAGAUGUCAUGUUUGACAAGAUCCUGAAGAUAUCAGUAAUACAUUCUAAAAACCUUCUAAGAAGUGGUACUCUGGUGGGUACCUUCAAACUAGAUGUGGGAACUGUUUACUUACAACCUGAGCACCAGUUUCACCACAAAUGGGCAAUGCUGUCAGACCCUGAUGACAUCACAGCUGGCUGCAAAGGUUACGUUAAGUGUGACAUUGCAGUCGUUGGAAAAGGAGACAACAUCAAGACGCCCCACAAGGCCAAUGAACCAGAUGAGGAUGACAUAGAAGGGAAUCUUCUUUUGCCGGAGGGAGUUCCAUCGGAGAGGCAAUGGGCUCGGUUUUAUGUUAAGAUUCAUAGGGCUGAGGGACUACCUAAAAUGAACACCAGCAUCAUGGCCAACGUAAAGAAAGCUUUUAUCGGGGAGAACAGAGACCUUGUGGAUCCUUAUGUCCUUGUGCAAUUUGCAGGGCAGAAGGGUAAAACGUCAGUUCAGAAGAGCAGCUACGAGCCCAUCUGGAAUGAGCAAGUAAUCUUCACCGAGAUGUUCCCACCUUUGUGUAGGCGACUGAAAGUUCAGAUCCGUGAUUCAGACAAGGUGAAUGAUGUUGCCAUAGGAACCCAUUUCAUCGAUCUACGAAAGAUUGCGAACGAUGGAGACAAAGGGUUCCUGCCCACUAUGGGCCCAGCCUGGGUGAAUAUGUAUGGCUCUACUCGUAACUACACCCUGAUGGAUGAGCACCAGGACUUGAACGAGGGGCUGGGGGAAGGCGUGUCCUUUAGGGCACGCCUUCUAAUUAGUAUAGCAGUGGAGAUCCUGGACACCUCUUCUGCAGACAUAAUGAGCUCUACUGAGGUACAAAUAGAGCCAGUGUCCAACAUCUCAGAGAGUGCCACAGGGAAGAUGGAGGAGUUUUUCCUUUUUGGGUCGUUCUUGGAGGCCACAAUGAUAGACAGGAAAAUUGGAGAUAAACCCAUCAGCUUUGAAGUCACUAUCGGUAACUAUGGUAACCAGAUUGAUGGUGUGAGCAAGCCUGCAUCAGCAAAGAAGAAGAAAGAGGGUGGAGGGGAGAGUGAAGAAGAGGAGACCGAGCUCAUCCACAACUCCAGUGAUGAAGAGGCAGAGGAUGAUGGAGAUUUGAUGUCUGUGCCGUCUACCCCACCUAUGAAACCGGUUAUCACUGACAGAAAUUACUUCCACUUGCCUUACUUUGAAAAGAAACCCUGCAUUUACAUCAAGAGCUGGUGGCAAGACCAAAGGAGACGGCUGUACAACUCCAAUAUAAUGGACAAGAUUGCAGAUAAACUGGAGGAAGGUCUGAAUGAUGUUCAAGAAAUCAUAAAAACAGAAAAGGCGUAUCCAGAACGCAGACUUAGAGGUGUAUUAGAAGAACUUAGCACAAGUUGCAGCCGAUUUGUUACACUGGCAAACAAAGAUCAGAAUUUAGCCGGAAGAACCAAACUGGACAAAGAGAGGCUGAAGUCCUGUAUGAGAGAAAUGGAGAGCAUGGCUCAGCAGGCGAAGACUAUCCGCUCACAAGUGAAGAGAAACACGGUUCGAGACAAACUCAAGCUAGUGUUCAAUUUCCUUCACAGGCUUCGUUUCCUGGCAGAUGAGCCCCAGCACAGCAUCCCUGAUGUGUUCAUAUGGAUGAUUAGCAACAACAAACGCAUAGCAUAUGCCCGCAUACCCUCCAAAGACAUCCUGUUCUCAAUUGUUGAUGAAGAGAUGGGAAAAGACUGUGGGAAAGUCAAAGCUGUUUUUCUCAGGCUGCCAGGAAAGAAAGGCUUUGGGCCUGCUGGCUGGACAGUUCAGGCUAAACUAGAGAUGUAUUUGUGGCUGGGGUUGAACAAACAGAGGAAAGACUUCUUGAGUGGCCUUCCUAGUGGUUUUGAGGAAAACAAGGCAACGAAGGGAACAGGCUUACAGGCUGUUCCUCCCAUCAGCCUGGUUUAUAACAUGAAGCAGGUGUUUCAGCUGAGGGCCCAUAUGUAUCAGGCUCGCAGUCUGUUUGCUGCUGACAGUAGCGGCCUGUCUGACCCUUUUGCAAGGGUCUUCUUCUCCACCCACAGCCAGGUGACAGAGGUCCUCAGCGAGACUCUUUGUCCUACAUGGGAUCAGUUGCUUGUGUUUGAUAAUGUUGAACUCUAUGGUGAGGCCGGUGAACUCCGUGAUGAUCCUCCAAUCAUUGUCAUUGAACUGUACGACCAAGACACUGUGGGGAAAGCUGAAUUCAUUGGGCGAACAUUUGCAAAGCCACUAACUAAGAUGGUUGAUGAACACUACGGGCCCCCACGGUUCCCCCCUCAGCUGGAGUACUAUCAGAUCUACAGAGGAAACUGCACUGCAGGAGAUCUGUUGGCUGCUUUUGAGCUACUGCAGAUUCCUUAUGAUGAUGAGGAGAUCAGGAGGGCUCUUAUUGCUGUCCAUGACUUUGCUGUACCUCAGAUCAAGAUUGGUCCAGCAGGGCGGGCAGCACUUCCUCCAAUUGAUGGCCCAACUGAUUCAGACCGUGGACCCAUUCUGCCUGUUCCAUUGGGCAUACGACCAGUUCUCAGCAGAUAUCGUAUAGAGGUCUUGUUUUGGGGUCUGAGGGACCUUAAAAGAGUCAACCUGGCCCAGGUGGACAGGCCUCGUGUGGACAUUGAGUGUGCAGGGAAAGGAGUUCAGUCAGCUCUCAUUCAGAACUACAAAAAGAAUCCAAACUUCAGCACGUUAGUGAAGUGGUUUGAAGUGGAUCUGCCAGAAAAUGAGCUACUUCAUCCACCACUCAAUAUUCGGGUGGUGGACUGCAGGGCAUUUGGACGCUACACCUUGGUCGGGUCUCAUGCCGUGACCAGCCUUCGCAAGUUUAUCUACAGCCCCCCAGACAAGACUGCUAACAACUGGGCUCACACAGCUAGACUGGCCAAUGGCUACAUGGCUCUCACGAAUGGGACAUCUCAUUCCCGCCCCCACACCCGUCCCAUUUCUCAUCCCUCAGGUGAUAUUGUGGUCAAUAUGGACCCUGAACCCAACAUUAAGAAGAUGGACACAGUUGUCAAGAUCGAUGCUACCACCGAUGCUGUUGUUAAAGUUGACUUGAAUGAGGAUGAGAAUCAAAAAGAGAAAAAGAAGAAGAAGAAAAAGAAGGGAGAAGAAGUGGACGAAGAAGAGCCAGAUGAGAGCAUGUUGGACUGGUGGUCCAAAUACUUUGCCUCAAUAGAGACUAUGAUGGAGAAUCUCAGAGCCCAGGAGGCCGCUCUGGCAGAGGCAGAGGAAAGAGAAGAUUUGGAGAUAGCAGCCGAGAGUGCAGAGAUCAAAGUUGAUGACUUUCCUAUGAAAGGCACCAAACCCAAGGAAAAGAGCAAAGACAAGAAGAGCUCCAAGGACAAAAAGAAGAACCAAGAUGGCACAGAAAAGCGACCUCUGAAACCAAAAGUUGAUGAACUCAUGGUGUACAGUAAAGAGCUGGAGAGUGACUUUGGUAACUUUGAGGACUGGCUCCACACCUUCAACCUGUAUAGAGGAAAGGCUGGAGAUGAUGAUGACCACAAUGUGGUUGAUGAUGACAGGAUUGUGGGCAGAUUCAAGGGUUCCCUCUGUAUGUAUAAACUCCCACUGUCUGAGGAGAUCACCAGGGAGGCAGGAUUUGACCCGAACAUGGGCAUGUUCCAAAGUAUUCCUCACAAUGACCCCAUCAAUGUCCUCAUAAGGAUUUAUAUCAUUAGAGCUACAGACUUGCAUCCUGCGGAUAUAAAUGGUAAAGCAGAUCCUUACAUAGUCAUUCGUUUGGGAAAGUCAGAUAUUCGGGAUAAGGAGAACUACAUAUCCAAACAGCUGAAUCCUGUCUUUGGAAAGUCAUUUGACAUAGAGGCUACAUUCCCAAUGGAGUCCAUGCUGACUGUGGCAGUAUAUGACUGGGAUUUGGUUGGAACUGAUGACCUGAUUGGUGAGACUAAAAUUGAUUUGGAGAACAGAUACUACAGCAAACACAGAGCCACAUGUGGCAUUGCAUCCAACUACUCUGUCCAUGGUUACAAUGUGUGGCGGGACCCUCAGAAGCCAACUCAGAUCCUUGCUAAGUUGUGCAAGGAAGCUAAAUUGGAUGGACCCCACUAUGGACCUGGUGGGAGGGUCAAAGUUGCAAACCGCAUCUUUCUUGGGCCAACAGAAAUUGAGGAUGAGAGUGGUCUGAAGAAGCAGACAGAAGAACACUUGGCUCUUACUGUUCUUAGGCAUUGGGAGGAGAUCCCACGUGUUGGUUGCAAACUCAUCCCGGAGCAUGUGGAAACCAGACCACUACUCAACCCGGACAAGCCAGGCAUAGAACAGGGAAGGCUUGAAAUGUGGGUGGACAUGUUUCCUAUGGAUGUACCUGCACCAGGACCCGCCAUUGACAUAUCACCGCGCAAACCAAAGAGAUAUGAGCUCAGGGUGAUAAUAUGGAAUACUGACGAGGUAAUUCUGGAAGACGAUGAUUACUUCACAGGGGAAAAGUCCAGUGACAUUUUUGUGAGGGGCUGGCUAAAAGGACAACAGGAGGAUAAACAGGACACAGACGUGCAUUAUCACUCUCUGACUGGGGAAGGAAACUUCAACUGGCGCUUUGUCUUCCCUUUUGACUAUCUCAUGGCUGAGGAGAAGAUAGUCAUCUCUAAAAAAGAAUCUAUGUUUUCCUGGGAUGAGACUGAGUACAAGAUUCCUGCUCGACUCACCCUUCAAGUAUGGGAUGCUGACCAUUUCUCUGCAGAUGACUUCCUGGGUGCGAUUGAGUUGGACUUGAAUAAGUUUACUCGUGGGGCAAAAACAGCUAAGCAGUGCUCUCUCGACAUGGUUCUCAAGGAGCAUGAGCUGCCAUCCAUCUCCAUCUUUAAACAGAAGAGAGUAAAGGGCUGGUGGCCAUUUGUGGCCCGGGAUGAGAAUGAUGAAUUCGAGCUCACAGGAAAAGUGGAGGCAGAGCUCCAUCUACUGACAGCAGAGGAGGCAGAGAAAAAUCCAGUCGGCCUUGGGCGGAAUGAACCUGAGCCACUUGAGAAACCAAAUCGUCCGACUACCAGCUUGUCGUGGUUGUUGAGUCCAAUACGGGUGACCUGCAUAAUGUGUUGGCGGCAGUAUAAAUUGGCAACAGUGGUGACACUGCUCAUCAUAAGUGGACUGAUCUUUUUGGGCCUCCUGUUAUUUUCCCUUCCUUCAGCUUUCACCCAGAAGAUCUUCAAUCUCUUCUAAUCACCUGAUGCUUGCACAAUAUACACAAAGCAGGUUAUUGAAAUGGAUGGCAUCACUUAUAAGCAUUGCUGAUUAAAUGCAAUUUAUUGCUGAUUUAAGGCAAAUGUGGCAUCAUUUGUCUGUUAAGAAUACUGUUACAUUUUGAUCAUUGACAUUUGCCAGGCAUGUACUGUAUAUGAAGAAUUGUUAUGGGAUGGGUGUUUCCUCAGCUAUAAGCUCUUUUGCCUGUUUCUGUUGCACUGUCAUUGGUUUAAUUAUUUGUCUAAUUAGAACCUAACAGUGUCUAUACAGUUAAGGUCAAAAGUUUACAUACACCUUGCAGAAUCUGCAAAAUGUGAAUUAUUUUACCAAAAUAAGAGGGAUCAUAAAAAACGAUAUUAUUUAGUACUGACCUGAAUAAGAAAAGUUCACAUAAAAGACAUUUACAUAUAGAGAAAAUUGUUAAAUUUAUAAAAAAUUAUCCCGUUCAAAAGUUUACAUACGCUUGGUUCUUAAUACUGUGUUAUUACCUGAAUGACCAACGGCUGUUUUUUUGUUUGUGAGUCCCUUGUUUGUCCUAAACAGUUAAACUGCCCGCUGUUCUUCAGAAAAAUCCUCCAGGUCCCACAAAUUCUUUGGUUUUUCAGCAUUUUUGUGUAUCAACAAUGACCGUAUGAUUUUGAGAUCCAUCUUUUCACAUUGAGGGCUACUAGGUUUAUAUGCAACUAUUACAGAAGGUUCAAAUACUCACUGAUGCUUCAGAAGGAAAAGCGAUGCAUUAAAAGCCAGGGGUAUAAGCUUUUGAACAGAAUGAAGAUACGUUUUUCUUAUUUUGCCUAAAUAUAUAUAUAGUUUUUCAUUUAGUACUGCCCUUCAGAAGCUACAGAAGAUACUUACAUGUUUCCCAGAAAAUUUACCCUGAUCUUCAAAUUCAAAAACUUAAUUCAUUGUGUUUCCUUCUGGAGCAUCAGUGAGUUUGAACCUUCUGUAAUAGCUGCAUACGAGUCUCUUCGUUGUCCUCAGUGUGAAAAGGUGGAUCUCAAAAUCAUACAGUCAUUGUUGGAAUGGCUUCAAAUACACAAAAAUGUUGAAAAACCAAAGAAUUUGUGGGAGAGCUGUGGAUCAUUCAGGUAACAAUACAGUAUUAAGUGUAUGUAAACUUUUGAAUGGGGUCAUUUUUAUUCAAGUAUUAUUUUCUCUAGUGGACUAUAUGUAAAUGUCUUUUAUGUGAAAUGUCUUAUUCAGGUCAGUACUAAAUAAAAAAAUAACACGCAUUUUGUAUGAUUUGCAGAUUCUACAAGGUGUAUGUACACUUUUGACCUCAACUGUACAUGCAUCACAGGAAAAUUUAUUUUAGUCAUUUAUUUCUGAAAGUCACAAAGAUAUCCACCACAUCUCAACUUAGGCACAGUAUUGUAUGUGACAAGAUUCUGUGGUACAACUGAUGGAAGUUACACUUUACACAUUUCAGUGGAAAAAAAUGUUCGACCUCACUGCUAAAGCUAAUUUCAUAGUUUACAUUUUAUGUAUCACAAAGUUAUUUAAUAUUUUUAUGCUAUUUUUAUGUAAUUAUAAAAAAUUACAGCUUGAUUGGAAAUGUCACACAAAAAGGGAUUUUUCCCUUGAUUUUUCGUUGUUUCUUCAUUAUGUCUAUUUUCACACAUAUGCUUGUUGUUCACACUGUUAAGAAAAUCACAUGAGAAUUUGUGGUUAAGAGUUUCAACCUGUUGAACAGCUGCACAAUCAGUACUGAAAUUGUUUAGGUUUACUUCAGAUAGCUUUAGUAGAAUAACAUGUUUUAAUAUUUCUAUACUU